GAAUGCCGUUCAGAUAGAUCGCAUCGAAGAACAGAUCGAUCUGUUGAUUGCGACGAACGACCGGUCACCCGCCGCGAUGCGGACGCUGGUCUAUAUGCAGCAGCUUCUCGCGACGGCACGUCCGGAGAAAACGCAGUUGUUUGCGAACUAUCCGAACCCGUUCAACCCCGAAACGUGGAUUCCGUACGAGUUGGCGACGGAUACGCAUGUCAAGAUCACGAUAUAUAACACACAAGGUGUUGUGAUCCGGACGUUGCAGUUUGGGCAUCAAUCUGCUGGCUACUACACGGAUCGGGAUCGUGCGGCGUAUUGGGAUGGUCGGAAUGCGCUUGGCGAACAGGUUGCGAGUGGUUUGUAUUUCUAUCAGCUCGAAACCGAUGAGAUGUCGUCGAUGCGGAAGAUG